UAACACGGUAGAGGAGGAGAAAAUGUGCUGCGACGGCAAGUGCCGGCCGCUUGGAUGGCUGUUGGGACUCCCCUUCGCCUUCCUCUCCCUCCUUGUCUCCCUCAUCGGCGUCGCGGUCUGGAUCGUAGGGUUGCUGCUGUCGUGUAUAUGCCCGUGCUGCCUCUGUGUGACGAUAUUGGUGGAGCUGUCGAUCGAGCUUAUCAAAGCACCUCUUCACGUCAUGGAGUGGUUUACCUCCAAGAUACCUUGUUAGUUCUAGAUUGUUAUUUUUCUUUUUUCCCCUUCUCUUCGUCAUUAGCCCCUUUGCUUGCUAUGGUUAAGAGGUAAUUGUAGCGAUUUGUAAGCGAAAGUUUAUUGGAUGAGAUUGCUGUUCAGAGAGUCUA